AUGAUCGAAAGAUGAUUAUAUUCUACAAAUGCUAAAGAUAUUGCUGUUUUAUACUUUAUCUUUGCUAUUUUCUGUGGUAUGGCAGGUACUGCCAUGUCUUUAAUCAUUAGAUUAGAGUUAGCCGCACCAGGUAAUCAAGUUUUAAGCGGAAAUCAUCAAUUAUUUAAUGUCUUAGUAGUUGGGCAUGCGGUCUUAAUAAUUUUCUUCUUAGUAAUGCCGGCAUUAAUUGGUGGUUUUGGUAACUAUAUGUUACCUUUAUUAAUUGGAGCAUCAGAUAUGUCUUUUGCAAGAUUAAAUAAUAUUUCAUUCUGAUGUUUACCACCUGCUUUAGUAUGUUUAGUAACUUCUACAUUAGUAGAAUCUGGUGCAGGUACUGGAUGAACUGUAUAUCCUCCAUUAUCAUCAAUUCAAGCACAUUCAGGACCUAGUGUUGAUUUAGCAAUUUUUGCUUUACAUUUAACAUCUAUUUCAUCAUUAUUAGGUGCUAUUAAUUUCAUUGUAACAACAUUAAAUAUGAGAACAAAUGGUAUGACAAUGCAUAGAUUACCAUUAUUUGUAUGAUCUAUUUUCAUUACAGCAUUCUUAUUAUUAUUAUCAUUACCUGUAUUAUCAGCAGGUGUUACAAUGUUAUUAUUAGAUAGAAACUUCAAUACUUCAUUCUUCGAAGUAGCAGGUGGUGGUGACCCUGUUUUAUACCAACAUUUGUUUUGAUUCUUUGGUCACCCCGAAGUUUAUAUUUUAAUUAUUCCUGGAUUCGGUAUUAUUUCACAUAUCGUAUCAACUUAUUCUAAAAAACCAGUAUUCGGUGAAGUAUCAAUGGUAUAUGCUAUGGCUUCAAUUGGAUUAUUAGGUUUCUUAGUAUGAUCACAUCAUAUGUAUAUUGUAGGAUUAGAUGCAGAUACUAGAGCUUAUUUCACAUCGGCUACAAUGAUUAUUGCAAUUCCUACAGGUAUUAAAAUUUUCUCAUGAUUAGCAACAAUUUAUGGUGGAUCAAUUAGAUUAGCUGUACCUAUGUUAUAUGCUAUUGCUUUCUUAUUCUUAUUCACAAUUGGUGGAUUAACAGGAGUAGCAUUAGCAAAUGCAUCAUUAGAUGUAGCAUUCCAUGAUACUUAUUAUGUAGUAGGACAUUUCCAUUAUGUAUUAUCAAUGGGUGCUAUUUUCUCAUUAUUUGCAGGAUAUUAUUACUGAAGUCCUCAAAUUUUAGGAUUAUAUUAUAAUGAAAAAUUAGCACAAAUUCAAUUCUGAUUAAUUUUUGUAGGAGCUAAUGUUAUUUUCUUACCUAUGCAUUUCUUAGGAGUAAAUGGUAUGCCUAGAAGAAUUCCUGAUUAUCCUGAUGCUUUUGCAGGUUGAAAUUAUGUAGCUUCAAUUGGUUCAAUUAUUGCUGUAUUCUCAUUAUUCUUAUUUAUCUAUAUUUUAUAUGAUCAAUUAGUUAAUGGAUUAGAAAAUAAAGUUAAUAAUAAAUCAGUAAUUUAUAAUAAAGGACCUGAUUUUGUUGAAUCAAAUCAAAUCUUCGCAACUAAUAAAAUUAAAUCUUCAUCAAUUGAAUUCUUAUUAACUUCUCCACCAGCUGUUCAUACAUUUAAUACUCCAGCUGUACAAUCAUAA